UUCUCCUGGAGUGAACUGGAGGUAAUAACUAACUGAAAUGACCUGUCCUUGAAAAUAAGGGCGGGAGGAAAUGCCUCAGGGUUUCUCAAGGUGACCUUGAAAAAAAUGAAGCGCAAUGGCGCAUGCGCAACGGUAUUUGUGCCCCUUACAAGAUGGCGGCUUCCAGUCGAGCCAUGUUGCUGUAUGGGAACUUGGCCUCUUUAGCCGCCCGCGUGGCUUUUAAUAGGUCUUGCGGGCUACGGCAUAUACCCACAACUUCCCUCCUGUUGCCCGAGCAAUUGGCCUUUCGUACGUACUGCACAGAGGUCAACCAAGAAGAACCCACAAAGCCAGGUGGUCGUGAGAUAGAUUCACAUUACAAAGAAAUGCCAUGGAAAUACUUGGAGAGCGAAGAAUACAUAACUAAAUAUGGCAACGAUCCCGUCUGGCUUGGAUACAGGCGUAAUUUCAAGGGUCAGGUUCCACCACAGAAAACCCGGAAGAUGUGCAUUAGAAGAGGUCAUGUCUGUGGGAAUCCUUGUCCCAUCUGUAGAGAUCAACAUCUUGUUUUGGAUUAUAGGAAUGUGAAGCUUCUUGAACAGUUUAUCUGCCCUCACUCGAAUAUAAUCCUUGAUGCAACCCAAACAGGUGUGUGUGUAAAGAAGCAAAAGGAGCUAGUUAAAGCCAUUGAUCAAGCUCAAGACAAUGGACUUCUACCAGUUAGCACUCCCUUGAUCUCCUUCCCAGAUGUGGAUUGGAGCAACCAGCAUCCAGCUGUUUCCAAGACUCCUCCAUCCCCGGCUUUAUGUAGCAAGACAUCAUGGUAUCCUUGGUAUGACUGGCAGCAACCUCCAGAAAAAAAAAUUAAACUCUUCAGGAGGAUUUACAAAGAUUACCUGAAAGAAGAGAGCAAGCUUUCAUAAACCAAGCAAAAAAAAGCAAUUAUAACAUUCCCAAGGAAGCCUGUAACUGAUCCUUAAAAAGCCUCUGAAGUAUAUCGUCCAACUGUUACAGGACUGCUAUCUAUUGUUUCCUCCAGAAGGACUUCUAGUGUCAGUAAAUUGAAUGGGAUUACUGAUGAUUUUGGUGAUUGAACUUUCCUGGAAACAAGUGACUGAAUGAGGGGCGGGAGGGGAAGUAUAGGACAGUGGUAAAGCAAAACAAAAAUACAAUGAAAAGCUAUUUGAUGUGUGUAUCUACAGUGUGAUGGGUUUUUCAUUUUACAGUAAAUCAUGAUUUUGUUAAAAUAG